UGAGCAGGGGGGGAGCUGGGAUGGGCGCGUGGGGUAGGGGCCUGGGGUGGGAGGAGACUGCUUGGCUCCUGCAUUGGCUCCCCUGUCCAGAGCACGGAGCUGCAGCCCCGGAGCAGGUCCCAUCCCCAUCCCCAGGCAGUAGGAGUGGGGAAGGGGCUGCCCCCAGUGCCAGGAGGGGGCACUUGCAGACGAUGCCUGGCCUGGCCUGGGGAGGGGUCCAGGGUGCCAAGGGCCUGGUCCCAGGCAGUGCCAGGAGGGGGGCGUUAGGGGGGGUCCCCUCCCCGGGCGUCUCUCCGCAUCCCCCCUCGUUCCUCCCUGCUCCGGCGGCUGCGGCGGCUGCUGCUGCUGCGUCACUGGGCACAGCCUGCUGCGAUGGAGCCUCAGCGGGUCCUGCUCUUUAGCCCCUGAGGGCCCCGCGGCCGCUUGGCCCGCAGAUACCCAUCCCCGGCCGGGGACUGGGGAGUGCCAGCCCCCACCCCUGCAGGAGACACCAAGACCUGCAGGUUGGUCACAAUGUGAUGGCGAGCGAGCUGCCCACCCAGUCUUCCCGGGUGACGCGCACGACCUCACGCCUGGCCUCCGGCCCCUGGAAGCGCCCAGCAGGUGCCCCGGCAGCCCCGAUCCCCGCUCCCAGCCGGCCCCGCUUCUGGGAGGGGCAGGAUGUGCUGGCUCGCUGGACCGAUGGCUUGCUCUACCUGGGCACCAUCAAGAAGGUGGACAGCUCGCGGCAGGUUUGUCUGGUGCAGUUUGAGGACAACUCCCAGUUUCUUGUUCUCUGGAAGGACAUCAACCCGGCGGCAGUGCCUGGUGAGGAGCAGACCUGCUGUGUGUGCUACGCGGAGGCUGUGAGCGCAGAGAACCAACUGGUGCGGUGUGAGAAAUGUGGGCAUGCCUACCACCAGGAGUGCCACCUGCCCACAGUGCUGGAGGUUGGUGGCAAUGGGGCAGGAGUGCCUGGUGCCUGGACGUGCAGGCAGUGCGUCUUCGCUGUGGCCACCAAGAGGGGCGGUGCCCUCAAGAAAGGCCCCUAUGCCAAGGCCAUGCUGAGCAUGAAGAUGGUGCUGCCAUAUGAGCUGAAGGCUCUGGAGUGGGACCCAGUGCAUCUGACUAAUCGGCAGCAGUGCUACUGUUACUGCAGUGGACCGGGAGAGUGGAACCUGAAGAUGCUGCAGUGCUGCCGCUGCGCCCAGUGGUUCCAUGAGGCCUGCACCCAGUGCCUGAGCAAGCCGGUGAUCUAUGGUGACAGGUUCUAUGUCUUUGAGUGCUGUGUCUGCACAGGUGGCCCAGAGAGCGUGCGCAGACUGCCCCUGAGAUGGGUGGAUGUGGCUCACCUGAUCCUCUACCACCUCAGUAUCUGUUGCAAGAAGAAAUACUUUGACUUUGAGCGGGAGAUCCUGCCCUUUGCUAAUGAGAACUGGGACAACCUGCUGCUGGGAGAGCUGGCCGACACACCCAAGGGGGACCGUUACAGCCAGCUGCUGAGUGCCCUGAGCAGCCACAAGGACAGGUUCAUCUCCGGAAAGGAGAUCAAGAAGCGGAAGGGUCUCUUUGGGCUCCACACACGUGUGCCACCUCCUGCACCCCAGCUGCCCCUGGGGCAUGGGGGCCCUAUGUCCCAGCAGCCUCUGGGGCAGCCUCCUCUCACAGGCAGCAGCUUCCUUUCAGGGCAGGGCAGCAGUGGGGCAGGACGCCGGAGGCUGGCACGGCGCAGGGUCCCAUCGGAGCCCGCCGACACCAUGGAGCUGCGCAGCAGCAGGGAGCGGUGGCGGCUGGACAAAGCCCUCACGCAGGAGGUGGUGGAGACCCCAGCCAGCACUAGCCAGGCCUACGGCAGCUACGGCGGCUCCUCAAGCUCCUACAACUUCCGCCGAACUGAUGCCCGCUGCCUGGAGAGCGCUCCCAUCAGGAUGUUCGCCUCCUUCCACCCAUCGGCCAACACCGCCCGCAGCCUGAGGAGCACAGCUGUUGGCCCAGACACCCGUGAGGUCUCUGCCCCGGAGCGUGACAGCCCUGAGCACCCACCUGCCUGCGCCCUGCUGCCCCAUGUGGACCGCCCAGCCCCCAGCAGCAAGCGCCUGCCUGAGCACCCAGCUGCCACCCCCACCUCCUCUGGCACCCUGUGCCCUGCCACCACCGCCCCCACAACCAGUAGCACCUAUUUUGGGGCCAUGGGGCGCCUGGCACGGGGAGAGGCUGUCCGGGUCCUGGCCCGCAGGGUCACACUGGAUGGCACAGUACAGUAUCUGGUGGAGUGGGGGAAUGGGGGUAUGUUCUAGGGGCAUAGAGCUGCCCCCAGCCCCAGGUUGAGAUGGCCCUGGACUUGCCCUGCUGGCCUGAGAACGUGGUAGUGCCUGGGACAGGCUGGCCCCAUGGGAGUGACUUUCCCCAGACAAGCACAUCUGACCCUGCCUGUCCUGGGGCUGGGGGCAGGGGCAGUGUUCCAGGGAGGUAGGAGGGGAGGGUCCUACCUCUUUUGGUGUGGACCUAGAGUGGGGGCUGGGGGCCCCACCUCCACCAGCCAGAGGCUUUCUGGUACUUAAAGGGUUUAUUUUCUUGUUGCUUUUUUAUUAUUAUUAUUUUGUAAAGAUUCUAUUUAAAAGGAGGCAUGCUGGGGGUGGGGGGCACAGCAGAGGGUUCAGUGGAGCAGAGCUGGGGGGCAGGGGGACCCCACUGGGACUGGCUGGGGUCUGGCAAAGAGGGUAGGAGGAAGGGUCCCCUCAGCACAGCUAUGCCCCCGCCUGCACCCCCAUGCUGUAGAGACGCCACCUGGACCUCCCCUCCCACCCCACCUGUGUGCCACCACUGCCGCCGCCGUCUGACUGUACAAACAGACACCUAGAAUAAAGAGCUUGCUGCA